GAAGGUCGUCAUGGUCGUGCUGGCCGUGGUGUUCUUUCUCUGGUCGACCAGGAAGGCCGUCUUCUUCAAGGGCUGGGCGAAAUGGUUGCACAUGAGCGCGGUGGACGACACAUCGGUGGCAUUCAUGGCGGUGGCGGUGCUGUUCGCGGUGCCCAUGUCCCGCGACAACCUGGAGAAGCGCAUCCUCUCGUGGAGCGUGGUUAAGCACAAGAUGGCCUGGGGCAUGCUGCUCACCUUCGGCGGUGGACUCGCCCUCGGAGUAGCUAGCGAGGUCACGCAGCUCUCUUCCGAGUUCGUGGUUCUGAUCGAGAGUCUGAACAUCCGGACACCGCUACAAAUGCAGGUUCUCAUCUCCCUUAGCGCCGCCUUGCUCACCGAGUUCACACCCAACGACGCAGCCGCGACCAUGCUGCUGCCCGUUGUCAUUUCCUUGGUACGUAAUACGAAGGAUUCCGACAGAACACGGGAAGCAAAUGUGUACGAAGGCGGGCCAAGUUGUUUCCCGUCCAACAUUGUAACGAUUGCGCUUCCUUUUUAAUAACGAAGGGAUCCGCUAUAGCCCGUGUUCACAAGUGCUCCUCGACACCAAUGCCA